GCGACAGUGGCGAUAUAAACAGUGUUUUUUUUCCCUUCUUUUUUUGAGUGCUGCAGAAAGCGAUAAAGAUUUUGAAAAUCAAGCUUAUAGCGAGAUAAGUCACACUGUUAUACACGCACACAUACACACCUCGGAGGAUUUAUAUGCACGUUUUUUAGUGCGCCAAACCCGGGGGUUUGUUUUGAUUUCUGGAGAAAAGGAGCAAAAGCUCUGUUCAGUGUUGAGUUAAAUGGCGGCGGAGGUGGAGGCGUGGAACAGCGCAACUGAGCGCGACGGUGUGUUCUCAGCGGAGGUGGGGCUGAACGAGCCCGCCAUUUCGGCAUAUGACGAGGAGCUGAUUGACGGUGAGGUGAAUGGGAACUGGACUCCACAGGAAAAGGCUCUUCAUGAGGCUCGUCUCAAAGCGAAGGCUAAGCGUCGCCUCAGGAAGUCGUCAUCAUCACGUGACUCCACCCGAGACUCUCUGUCAGAGGGGGUGAGCGGGGAUGUGCCCGACCCUCACAGCCCUAAAGGAAAAGCGCAAACACAUGACCGGAAGUCCCGCAUGGGGAAGGGAAGAGGAUUGCCCAAGAAAGGUGGAGCUGGGGGGAAGGGUGUGUGGGGAGCUGCUGGUUUGGUGUAUGAGAUGGAGGAACCAGACUGUAAAGAUCCGAACUAUGAUGAGUCUAACCAGGGGGACACGGUAUAUGCCACAGUGGUUCCUGAGCUGGAGGAAGGAGAGCUGGAGAAGGUCAUGAACCCCAUCAUACAGGAGUACUUUGAACAUGGAGACACUAAAGAGGUGGAGAUGCUUCUGAAGGACUUGAACCUGGGGCCUCGCCAGUGUGUGUUCCCAUCUCUGGCCGUGUGUUUGUCUCUGGAAUGUAAAGCCAGUCAGCGUGAGCUUACGUCCCGUCUGCUGUCUGACCUCAUCACAAAACAAGUCUUUAACGAGGGUGACAUGACGACUGCAUUCAACCACGUUCUCGCACAGUUACCUGAGCUCAUCUUGGAUACACCUGAUGCUCCACAGAUGCUGGGACAGUUCAUCGCACGAGCCAUCGCUGACCACGCCCUUUCAAUGGAAUUCCUGGACCAGUACAAAGGGAAAGUGGACUGCGAGCAUGCUCGGGCGGCUCUGGACCGAGCAGCAGUCUUGCUGUCCAUGAAGAGAGAGAUUGUCCGAUUGGAUAAUGUGUGGGGAGUGGGCGGUGGCCAGAGACCUGUCAAACUCCUUGUCAAAGAGAUGAAUCUGCUUUUGAAGGAGUACCUGGUCUCAGGUGAGCUGUUGGAGGCGGAACAUUGCCUGCGUGACCUCGAGGUCCCACACUUCCACCAUGAAUUGGUCUAUGAGGCAGUGGUGAUGGUGUUGGAGUCUAAUGGAGAUGCAGCGAUUCAGUCGAUGGUGAAGCUGCUGCAGUCAUUUUGGGAAUCUGGACUAAUCACACUGAACCAGAUGAACCGGGGCUUCCAGCGUGUGUAUGAUGAGCUCCCGGAGAUCAGCCUGGAUGUUCCUCAUGCUCACUCAAUCAUGGAGACAUUUGUGGACGUUUGUUAUCAGCAGUCCGUCAUCACCAAGCAGCUCAGAGACGCCUGUCCCUCCAGGGGGAGAAAGCGCUUUGUGAGUGAAGGAGACGGAGGGAUCAUUAAGAACUGAAAUGGAGAGAACGAACACAUUCGCGCGCGCACACGGUUGAGUUUUACGUGGUGAUGUAUGGAUGUGGGCGGAGCUUAAUUUGAUCAGCUAAUUUGCAUGUAAAACAAAACGUACUUUAAAAGAUACACAGUUGUGCUUACACACUGUCACACGCUCACACAUGUUUUGCAUCUAAAGUUGCAGUAAUUAGUGACCUUUUACUCAGGUAUGUUAGUGUGUGUGUGUGUGUGUGUGUGUGUGUGUGUGUGUGUGUGUUCACAAUGAAUGCUUUUUAGUCUCUGCAUUAAGCUCACACAUUUUCACACUGUGUAUUACAAAAAUAAAUAAAAGUUUUCUGCAUUUUC